AUGUUUUACUGGAUGUUCAUUGUUGAAAAGACGCAAGAGAGUUCUGAAUCAGCCAAACAGCUAGCAUUGUGUUGGUACAAAGAAUAUUUAUUUGGUUUCUUAUUAAAUCUAACAUUAGUACAAUUCAUUAAGUUCCUCGUUGGAUCUCCGAGACCUCAUUUCUUUGACACUUGCCGUCCCGUAGAAGCUGAGACAUGCACCGAGUCACAGUACAUAUAUAGCUAUCAAUGUACGAAUCCUGCGUGGAUUAAUCAAUCAGACACCAGUUUUCCCUCGGGACAUUCCUCAUUGGCAUUCCAUUCCGGUCUCUUUAUUGCUUACUAUCUAUAUCAAAGGAAGUCAUCAUGUACAAAAACCUUAGUGACACAGUCACUCUGUGUUCUACUAUCUGUGUACUGUGCUGUGUCACGGAUGACUGAUCACCGUCACCACUGGUGGGAUGUGUUAGCGGGAUUCAUUAUAGCCAUCAUCAUAUUGAUUUAUACUAUAUUCCAUUUAUGCGGAAACUUUAAAUGUGUGAUGUCGAAUAAAAAACAAAUACUUGAGCAAAACGAACACAGCAAUGGCACAAUAGAGGGCGCCACAUAA